GAUUUGGCAGGCAGAGAUGAGUGACUUUGUCAACAGUGUGACUGCAGCUCAGAUUAACCUAUCAGAUGAUGCACCAUGGAAGAAGAUACAGAAGAACACCUUCACACGCUGGUGCAAUGAGCACCUGAGAUGUGUUGAUAAACAGAUAAAUGACCUCCGCUUUGACCUGAGUGAUGGCCUGAACCUCAUCUCCUUACUAGAGGUUCUGAGCCACAAGAGGAUGUUCAGAAAGUUUCAUGCACGACCCACACUUAGGCAACUUAAGCUGGACAACGUUUCAGUAGCUCUGGAAUUUUUGGACCGUGAAAAGAUCAAGUUAGUGUCUAUAGACAGUAAGGCUAUAGUGGAUGGAAAUCUGAAGCUCAUCCUGGGGCUGGUCUGGACUCUCAUCCUGCACUACUCCAUCUCUAUUCCUGUGUGGGAGGAUGAGGCCAGUGAUACAGUCACAAAACUCACCCCGGAAAUGAAGCUGCUCGGAUGGAUCCAGAGUAAAGUGCCUGAGCUGCCCAUCACCAACUUCAGCCAGGACUGGCAGGACGGCAAAGCAUUGGGAGCUCUUGUAGAUGGUCUUGCACCAGGCUUGUGUCCAGACUGGGAGAGCUGGAAUGCAGUCCAGAGAGUUACUAACACCAGGGAGGCCAUGCAGCAGGCAGAUGACUGGCUAGGAGUACCGCAGCUCAUUGCUCCAGAGGAAAUCCUUGACCCUGGUGUGGAUGAACGGUCAGUCAUGACUUACCUGUCCCUUUUCCCCAAGGCCAAGCUAAAACCUGGAGCUCCACUCAAACCAAAGAUCGUGCCUAAACCUAAAGCCUGUCGUGCCACUGGACGAGGGCUGCAGGCCAGAGGCCUUAGAGUGGGUCAGUUGGCUGACUUUAAGGUUGACACCCACAAGGCUGGACCUGGAAACCUGGCAGUUCACAUUCGCGAGCCCACUGGUAAUGAAGUAGCGGUGAAGCAGAGGGAGGUACUGGAAGGCAUUUACGGCUUUGAAUACAUGCCCGGUGAUGAAGGGGACUACACUGUGGACAUUACCUGGGCUAAUAAGCACAUCCCAAAAAGCCCUUUUAAGGUCCAUGUUGGGCCCAAAGCUGGUCAGCAGAAGAUUAGAGCCUGGGGUCCUGGACUGGAAGGAGGAACUGUGGGGAUGCCUGCUUCAUUCCUUGUAGAGGCCAGUGGUGUUGUAGCUGGUAUGCUAGGUUUUGCCAUUGAGGGCCCGUCUCAGGCCAAAAUUGAGUGUGAUGAUAAAAACGACGGCUCAUGCUUUGUGAGAUUCUGGCCCACUGAAGCAGGGGAAUAUGCUGUACAUGUGAUGUGUGAUGAUGAGGAAAUAGAGGACAGUCCUUUCAUGGCUUGUAUAGCACCUAAGAAAAAAAGCUUCAGCCCAGACAAGGUUAAAGUAUAUGGUGCAGGAGUUUCUCCAGCUGGAGUUUUGAUGAACUGUCAGGCAGAAUUCACUGUUGAUGCCACUCAAGCUGGUGAAGGAGUGCUCAAAAUCUUUAUACAGACGCUGGAAGGAAGCUGUAUAAAAGUGGAUGUGAUUUGUGAAGAGGCUGGCAUUUAUAACUGCUCCUAUACUCCCACUACUAUCUGCAAACACUCCAUCGUUGUGUCUUGGGGAGGAGUAUCUGUUCCUGGCAGUCCUUUUGCAGUAAUGCCUCACAAAAUUAAAAUUGAACCAUGUACUGGAAGCUGGAGUCCUGGAUCAGAGAUAAACUACUUUGAUGAGGAGAUGGACACUGAUCAGGUCACUGAAGUAAACAUGAAGGCUGGAAAGGGGAGCAGACUGGAUAUUGACGUAGUCAGCCCCUUAGACUUCCCUACUAAUGCCACAAAGGUGAAGGCUUAUGGGCCAGGUUUAAGGGGUGGCCUGCUGGGGCAGCGGGCAGAAUUUACCAUCGACACAAGAGAAGCAGGCAGUGGAAGACUCACCGUCACAAUGGAGGGACCAUGUCAGGUUACUCUGCAGUGUAUGGACAAUGAGGACGGCACCUGUGCUGUGUUCUAUCUGCCUGCUGAGCAUGGGGAACACACAAUCAGAAUCUUCUUUGACAAUUCACAAAUCCCUGGUUCCCCAUUUCUCCCUGUGGUGCAUCUUCCCUUAGACCCUUCUAAAGUAACAGUGUCAGGCCCUGGUUUGACCAAAGGGAAGGUGGGGGAACCUUGUAUGGUGAACAUAGACUGUGCUCUGGCAGGGUCAGGUGACCUCUCUGUGGAGGCUGUCUCUGACUCAGGAGCCAUAGCUAAGACUGAAGUGCAGGAGAAUAAAGACGGCAGCUACACAGUCGUUUACGUUCCCCUCACUGCUGGUGUCUACACACUUCUUCUGAAAUACGGAGGCCAAGUGGUGCCAAUCUUCCCUGCAGGAAUUGUGGUGGAACCAGCUGUCUAUAAAAGCCAUGUUAAACUAACAGGGCAAGGAGACCUGGCGAAUGCAGCAGGGAACUGUGAUCCAAGCCAAGUACUUGCAGAUGGUCUAGGGCUUUUCCAAGGCCUUGCUGGACAUCCCAACAAGUGUUACAUAAACACUAGAGGAGCUGGAAAUGGCCAUCUUGAAGUAACAAUAGAUGGUCCAUCUGAGUCCAAGGUGUCAUGCAAGGACAAUGAAGAUGGCAGCUACACUAUGGAAUACAUUCCAUCUGCAGCUGGCCAGUAUGACAUUAAUAUCACCUAUGGAGAGAAGAGCAUUCCAGGUAGUCCAUUUAAAGUAACAGUGAAGGAUGUUUCAGCCACCAGUGCAGAAAUAGCUGGACCACGGAUUUGUGCCCAAAGUUCUCAGAAUUUCACGUUUGACAGCAAGAAAACUGGCAAUAUACCAGAGACUGUGACUGUGAUAAGUCCUCAAGGUAAGUCUGAGCUGAUGGAUCUCAAGGACAAUGGAGAUGGGACCUACACAGUGAACUUUUCCCCUUCUGUGGAAGGCCCUCACUCUCUGAUGGUCAGAUAUGCUGAGGAUGAUUCAUUCUGCAGUCAUGUUAACUUCCACGUACUGCAAAGACCAGCUGCUGGUGGAGAGAAGGCCAAAAAUCAAAGCCCCAGGAGAGAGAUGAACAUUUCUGGAGAAGGUUUGGAGUCUGGGAUGUGCAAUAAAACUCCUCAGUCUUUUACCAUCAGCUGCAGUGCCACUGGAAAGGCACCAGAGACUGUUGCUAUUGCCAAACCUGAUGGUACAGUUGAGGUGCUUGAACUGACUGACAAUGGAGAUGGAACCUAUACAGUUACCUGUUCCCCAACCACAGGUGGCUCACACUUACUGGCAGUAAAAUAUACAGAUGAGGAGGCCUUUAGUAGUCCCUAUGAAUUCCAUGUGCUGGAUGCUGAGUAUCCUUUGCAAAGUAUUGUUACUGCACCAGGUUUGGUGUCUGGAAUUUGUACUCAAACUCCUCAAGUGUUCACAAUUGACUGCAGAGAACAUGGGAAGCUGCCUACUUCUAUCACUAUGAUGAAUUCCAAAGGUUUGAUUGAAUUACUUGGUGUUGAAGACAAUGGUGAUGGGACCUGCACAGUGAGCUAUUCUCCUUCUGUUGAAGGCCCUCACUCGUUAAUGGUCAAAUAUGGAGAUGAUACUGCAUUUAGCAGUCCUUUCAAGUUUCAAGUGCUGCCCAAACAUGAUGGCAGCUUUGCUCAAGACUGCAGGAGUAAGAAGGACAAACAUGGACCAGGCUUGGAGGGAAAAUAUUGUGCUAAAACUCCUCAAAAUUUCACAAUUGGCUGCAGCAGUGCUGGAGCAGCACCAGAGACUGUUGUCAUUGUGAAUCCUGGUGGUUCAGUUGAUCUGGCCGAAGCAACAGAUAAUGGAGAUGGAACUUACAGUGUGGUCUACUGCCCCUACAUAGAUGGCCUUCAUUCUUUAGAAGUGAAAUAUACAGAUGAGGAUGCUUUUAGUAGUGCAUUCAAGUUCCACGUACUCCCUACAGAUGAUAUGACUAAUGUAAAGAUCUCAGCACCAGAGGUGGAGUCAAGGAUUUGCACCCAAAGAUUUGCACCCACUGGAAAAGUUCCACAGUCUUCAGUUGCGAUUACUCCGAAAGGGCUAAUGAAUGUAGGAGUGACUGAGAUGAUGGUGGAUGAAAGCAGUGUAGAUGAGACCUUCGUAGUGAGCUGCUUACCAACCACUACAGAUCCUCACUCUUUAAUGAUGAGAUAUGCAGAGGAUAAUCCAAACUCUAGCCCCUGCAGUUUCCAAGUGCUUCCCAAACCUGAUGCUUCGGAGAGCAAAAUAAGUAGGAUCGUGGACAUUUCUGGACAAGACAUGGCAGGAUGGUCUGCUAAACCAGAGUCAAAGGUGAAGUUCUCUGGGACAGGAAUGAAGUCUGUCUUAUGUAGUCAGGCACCACAGACGUUCACCAUAGACUGUAGCACAACUGGGGAGACACUCAAGUCAGUGGCUAUUGUGACACCAAAUGGUAAGACUGAACUGGUGGAGGUCAAAGACAAUGGAAAUGGGACUUAUACAGUGAACUUUUCUCCUUCUGUGGAAGGCCCUCAUUCUAUAAUGGUCAAAAAUGCAGAGGAUGAGUCUUUAAGCAGAGCCUUCAAGUUUCAAGUGCUUCCGGUUCUUGAAGCUGGAGACCAGAAUAUGCCAAUUCAGGAUCUAAAAGUGUCUGGCCAAGAACUGAUGGGUGCCAUCUAUCAGAACAUCCCUCAGACAUUCACAAUAGACUGUAACAACACUGGGGAGGUACCAGAGAUUGCUGUAGUGGUAAAACCUGAUGGCACAAUUGAUCUCCUUAAGGUGCAUGACAAUGGAGAUGGAACAUGCACUGCUGCAUAUGCCCCUUCCAUGGAGGGCUCAUAUUCUUUUGUCCUUAAAUAUGCCAAAGAGGAAUCUUUUUGCAGAGCCAUUGGGUUUCAAGUGCUUCCCACAGAGAAGACUCAGAUAAAGGUUACUGGGCCAGGUCUGGAGUCAGGGAUACAUGCGCAACAACCUCAGAUGUUCACAAUUGACUGCAGCCUAACAGGAGUUCCAGAAGGUGUGGCCAUAAUAUGUCCUAAUGGUACAACUGAAAUGCUACAGGCUAAAGACCAUGAAGAUGGGACUUAUUCAGUCAGCUUCUUUCCAUGUAUGGAGGGUCCUCAUGGAUUGCUGGUGAAAAUUGCAGGAGAGGACAAAUACUGCAACCCUUUAGGGUUCCAAGUACUUUCAGCUGAGGCAGUGAAAGAGGUGCAGGUCAGUGGACCAGGCCUGGACUCUGGCAUCUGUAGCCAAAGUCCGCAGACUUUCGUGAUAGACUGCCGCAAGACAGGAGACACACCACAGGUUAUAUCCAUACUCACACCAUAUGGUUUGAUGGAGCAGCUUGAAGUUAAAAACAAUGGAGAUGGCACUUAUAUAGUGAACUACUCACCCUCUGUUGAUGGGGUUCACUCUUUGAUGGUUAAACAUGUGACAGAUGAUUCAUACUGCAGCCCCUUCAGGUUCUAUGUGCUGCCCAGUACUAAUGCUGACACAGACCAUGACCUGGUGGAGGAACUGAAGAAAAAGACUGGAAUAUAUGGACCUAGCCUGGAGUCAGAAAUCUGCGCUAGAACUCCUCAAACAUUCACCAUUGACUGCAGCAGCACAGGAGAAGCACCAGAGACUGUUGCUGUGGUGAAGCCAGAUGGUACAGUCAAACUUGUUGACAUAUCAGACAAUGGUGAUGAAACUUAUUCUGCGGCUUACUCACCCGUCGUGGAAGGCUCUCACUUCCUAAUGGUCAAAUACACGGAUGAAGAUGCAUUUAGAAGUCCCUACGAGUUCCAAGUAAUUCCAAAGGAUGACAAAGAAGAGAUGAAGAUUUAUGGCCUCGGCCUGGAGUCAGGAAUUUGUUCCCAGGUUCCUCAGACGUUCAGAAUCAACAGCAGUCAAACGGGGAAGCCCCCAGAGACUGUGGUUCUGAUGACUCCAAAUGGUGAGACUGAGCUGGUGGACAUCAAAGACAAUGGAGAUGGAACCUACAGAGUGAACUGUUCUCACUCUGUGGAAGGCCCUCACUCUUUGAUGGUCAAAUAUGCAGAUGACGAGUCUUUUAUCAGCUCAUCGAAGUUCCACGUCUUGCCUACAAAUAAACAGAAAGGAGGAAUUGAAGAGCAGAGAGACAUCAUAGAGAUUUCAGACCAGAAAUUAAAUCCCAGAAUCCAUAUUGAAAUUUCCCACACUUUUGCUUUAAAAUGCAGCAGCACUGGAGCAGCACCAGAGACCGCGGCAGUAGUCAAACCUGAUGGUACUAUAGAUCUUCUAAAAGUACUAGACAAUGCGGAUGGGACAUAUCACGUAACCUACACUCCAUCUGAGGAGGGUGCACAUUCUCUAGUUGUCAGACAUGCUGGUGAGGAGGCUUUCUGUAGUCCAACCGUGUUUAAUGUCCUGCCUCAGCAUGAUCUAACCACAGAAACGGCCCUGGAUAGCAAAGUUUUGGGCAGAGAAUUGACACCUUUAGGCUUCACAAAUCAAGCAGGACUCAUGAUGUUUGACAUGGUGAUGCAAUUGGGGGAAGGCGAAAUCUCAGGCAAGGUGAUCAUGCCUUCUGGAAUGACAGCACAACUUGACAUCAUUGAAAGUGGUGAUGGCACCAUUACACUAAAGUUCAGUCCCACAGAAGAGGGUCUACAUCAUGUUCUCAUUAAAUCUUGUGCAGCUGAUAUACCAGAGCUCUCUCUGCAGUAUUAUGUGAACAGUUCCAUGAACCGCUGUGUGAAAGCUCAUGGCCGUGGGCUGGUGUAUGGAGUUACACAUGAAACAGCAGCCUUUACCAUUUACCAUGAGGAUACAGCUAUAGGAGAACUGGACAUUACAGUCGAGGGAGCGUCUGAAUCAGAGGUGUGCUGUUUUGACAAUAAAGAUGGCACCUGCACUGUGACGUACCUGCCAACACAACCUGGCGAAUACAAGAUCCACGUCCGGCAUAAUGACAUGCAUAUCAGUGGCAGCCCUUUUAAAGCUAAGAUCACUGAUGGCAGCCUGAGGAAAUCUCAGGUUAAACUUGGCACUGCAGUGGACUUUGCUCUGGACAUUACAGAGGAGGACAUCAGUCUGCUCACUGCAAGCAUCUCAUCACCCACAAGACAAGAUGUGCCCUGUUCGCUAAAGAGGCAACCUGACAGCCAUAUUGGUAUAUCGUUCAUUCCUAGAGAGGUGGGAGACCAUCUGGUGAGCAUUAAGAAAGAUGGGAAGCAUGUGAGAAGCAGCCCGAUCCCUGUGUGCAUUAACCUGUCAGACAUAGGUGAUGCCAGCAAGGUAAAAGUGUUCGGACCAGGCCUGCACAGUGGACGCACUAACCACAUAUCUGAGUUUGUGGUCAACACACGGGAUGCUGGCUAUGGUGGUCUGACUGUUGCCAUUGAGGGCCCAACUAAUGUGGUCAUUCACACAGAGGAGUUAGAAGAUGGAGCCUGUAGAAUAUCAUACUGCCCAAGCAAACCAGGCACCUACAAAGUGUUUAUCAGAUUCUCUGACGUACACGUACAAGGGAGCCCUUUCUUAGCAGAAGUGUCAGAUGGUGAACUGAUGAGACAGAGCAUUACUCACUACCAGAAACCCCCCUUGACUGCCAAUAUAGGCAAAGAAUGCAGCUUAACAUUCAAGAUAUCUGGAAUUGAUAUGGAGACCAUGGCUGCCAAAGUGUCUGCUCCUUCAGGGAUGGCAGCAGAAGCUAUGGUCACUGCAACAGACAGGGACACCUAUGCAGUGAGCUUUGUGCCAGAGGAGAUGGGUGUCUACAGUGUGAGCAUGAAGAGCCGUGGCCAGGAGAUUGAAGGCUCUCCUCUACAGUACACUGUUGGACCUCUUGGGGAGGGAGGCGCAGCCAAAGUUCAGAUGUGGGGACAGGGCCUCCAUGGGGCUCACGCAAAGAUACCAGCUGAUUUUAAUAUCUGGGCACGUGAGGCAGGAGAAGGCAGCCUGUGUGUCUCAGUGGAAGGGCCAGGACACACUGAACUCCACUUAGAUGAUCACAAAGACGGAUCCUGUAGUGUAUCCUAUACUGUCGAAGAGCCUGGCAACUACCAGGUGUCUAUCUUGUUUAAUGAGCAGCACAUUUCAGCAAGUCCUUUUCUUGUGUCAGUCAAUGCCCUCACUGAAAAUAGUGAGUAUUCUCUAGAAGGAUUAGAAAGACACAAGGCCACUGAUCAUGGGCUGAUGAGCAGUGGCUGUGCUGAAUCCUUGCAGCCUGGGUCAAGCCUAAACUCCACAUGCACCUGCAGUGCUGAGUCUAUUCUUUUGUCUAAUGUCUCUGAAAUCACCAGCCAUGGGCCAGGACUGAGUGAGGCUAGUAUUGGUCAGAAAAACACCUUCUAUGUGGACUGCAGUAAAGCUGGGAGAAAUAUGCUGUUUGUUGGCAUGCUUGGGCCCACAGUUCCCUGUGAGAGAGUGACGGUCAGACACUUGGGCAAAAAUCAGUACAGUAUCAACUACACUCUUAAAGAGAGGGGCAAAUAUAUAUUAGCAGUGAAAUGGGGGGAUGAGCACAUACCCGGCUCUCCAUUCCAUAUCAAUGUGUUAUGAAGGCUUCCAGACCUUUAAGGUUGUAUCAGCAUAUUUUAGUUACAUUUAAAUGGAUUGUUAAACAGUGUAAUCUGCAAACAAUUAAAAUUGCUGUAUAUCAAUAAAACAGGAGUACUCUAAACAAUAAAAGUGAAAAAAUGGUAAAAUACACUAUAUUUCCAAAAGUAUUUACUCACCCAUCCAAAUAAUUGAAUUCAGGUGUUCCAGUC